GGUUGAUAUCAGUCUACAACAGAGAGCAACGGUGUAACCGUAACAUUAGUUCACGAUAACACAAUGGCCGCGUUGUGGAUUCUGAUGCUUGGUGUCACUGUUUUCAUGGAUGUCGCAGCUGGAUUGCAUUUGAAGACAAUUUGCUCCGAAAAUGUUAUGUUUCGGUCGAAGAAUUUGCCAAACUAUAGUAUGAGAGUAACUUAUGGCGGCAAGGGUUAUAUCAUCGCCACCAAUCCCGUAACCCAAAAAAAGUUAGAGGAAGAAGACCCAAACAUAAACAUGUGGGCGUUAGAGAGUCCAGGCCUAACGGGGGUUUCUGGUACUGUUUCUUUAGCGUGGAAAGGAAAACCAGGAUUCUAUCUCCGACAUAUCAAUGGCUUGCUACAAAUUGAUAGCAAAGACGCCCCGGCUAAUCCUGACUUUUUCUUAAAAGAUGCGACGUUCAUAUACAAGAAGGACUGGGUUUUCCCAGGAUACGACGCCUUCCAGUCUUCAAACUAUCCCAGGCAAUUCAUACGGCAUCAGAACUUCCGCCUGAAACUUCAAACAUAUGAUGGAUCGUCGUUAUUCAAGAACGAUGCCAGCUUUAAAAAAGUUUUGGGAAAAGAGCAGUGUGAGAAGGUUCCAGCUCCCGUGUAAGAUUGAUCAGUUUCUCGGAAGAGACAAAAAUACUUUCACAUGUUGAUAAACCUACCUAUUUCUCUUUGAUUUAAUCUUUAGC